ACAUCACUUACACUUCACCACGAGUGUCAAGUACGUCCAUUGCUGCGCAAUCGCCAUUUCAAUUGUUCGCACACCGCCCUGGUCUUGAAACACCCCCGCGAAAACCAUCCCCACAUACAACAACGGCUUUCCUUCCUAUGACCACCAGCGUAACAGUAUAAAUUCGCCCACAGACUCUACUCGCGCAAUCCAUAUCAUGUCAACAAAAGUGGCGUAUGUCCCCAAUGGGCAGGUUCGAUCCUCCGACCAUGCAAUCGAAACGCAAACAAUCGAGACGAGGGAAUUUGUCGCCCGUACAAACAGCCCGUUGAGGAGGACCAAAAAGGUGGAAAAGGAGAGCUUGAGUGGAAGCCUUUGCGCUCUCAUUUGCAACCAUCAGAUUGGUAUCGCCAUCAACCUCGUUCUCCUCCUCUUUCUUACCCACACAUUCUUCCCCAGAGCCAGGCGGCGCACCUCCAAGUUCUUCCACCUGUCCUACUACAACCCCGAUACUGAGAUGUACGGAUGCGGUACCGACGAUAUCUAUCUCGUGGCGCUCUGGGUCGUGAUCUUGACGGGAAUGCGAGCAGUUGUCAUGGAUUACUUCCUAGACCCGCUUGCCCGUGCAGCAGGUGUCAAAACGAAGAAGGGCCUGGCUCGUUUCAAGGAGCAGGGUUGGUUGAUUGUUUACUACACGGGAUCGUGGACCCUGGGAAUGUAUAUCAUGUACCACUCCGAAUUCUGGAUGAACCUCACAGGAAUGUGGGAAGGGUGGCCGCACCGGGAGAUUGACGGUUUGUUCAAAUGGUACUACCUCGUCCAAUGGGCGUCGUACCUCCAGCAGAACCUGAGCGUCAACAUUGAGGAGAAGCGCAAGGAUUACGCACAAAUGUUCACCCACCACAUCUUCACUUGCGCUUUGAUCGCCCUGAGCUAUGGCUAUUACCAUAUGCGAGUUGGCACGGUCAUCUUAUGCAUUAUGGACUUUGUGGAUAUUAUUUUGCCAACUGCUAAGCUCCUCAAGUACUCGGGAUACAGCACUGCUUGCGACGCUGCUUUUGGGCUGUUCGUCGUGGCCUGGUUCAUCACUCGUCACGUUUUCUUCAUGAUGGUCUGCUGGUCCAUCUAUGCACAUGCUCCCACCGCAAUGGCCCCUGGAUGCUACCUAGCCGAUGGCUCUGUCGUACCCAUGAGCUCUACGGCGCAAUUCGAGGCUCUCGGAGGCAACGACAUUUGGGGCAACAUCCUCAAGGCAUACACGGACCGAAAUGGCACAAUCUGCUGGAACCCGACGAUGCGAUACAACUUUCUGGGUCUUCUCCUCUCGUUGCAAGCGCUGCUUCUUCUAUGGUUUGCCAUGAUCAUCAAGGUGGUCUGGCGUGUGGUUAGCGGCAAGGGUGCCGAUGACGUUCGUUCUGACGAUGAGGGCGAAGACGAGGAGCUCAGCGUAGAGGAGGAGCUCAAGGCCGGUGGACCAGACUGGGCACCGGUCGAACAGGACGUUGGCGUUGAGGCCCUCAAUCUCUCACGCAAGGGUAACAAUGGAGUUAGGAACUACAGGCGCGCCUCGAAUCGUAGCAGCGGGAGCAGGGCUUCCGGCAUCAGCAUUCCGGGACACGGUGACAGGAAGGAGUUGCUUGGGCGCAUCGGUUGCGAUAAGCCAACCUGAGGCUGGCCCGUCUUAUUAUUCCUUUCUCUCUGCGC